UCUGCAUCCUCCCAGUGGGUGACGGCCCUCCUCCCUGUCACCGCCCCGGGCUUCCGGCAGACACUAGAGCCGGCCCAGCCUCCAGCGAGCCGGGGACUGAGGGGGUGAUGCGGCCGGACACUGAGCAGCUGGACCCGGAAGCUGAGCGUUGUCAUGAACGGCCCAGUCCUCGGAUUAUUACUACACGUAAUCGGCCUCGCAGCUCAAAGUCCAGUUGUCUCUGCAGAACAGAACGUCUCCUCCCCGUCUUAUGACUUCCAGAAGAUCAAUCUACCGGCCGGGCACCUGCCCUACUUCCUGCACAACAAUCCGUAUGUGGCCAGAUCCUGCGGUCAGGACCCCCACUGCCCUUUUAGGGAUCACCUGACGCAACGAGAUUCCUGCUGGGGCUAUGAGAAGUCGUGCAGGAGGGAGCACAGGUUCGGCUAUCCGCUCUGCGAUGCGGUGGACUCUGGUUGGGCAAAGAACUUGGAGGGCGCCCAAGAAGUAUUCUGGAGACAGGCAGACUUUGGUUAUGUUAUGGAGCGGCUGGCUGAAGCAGAAGUCCUCUGCCGUCCACGUGAGCAGGGAGACUCUCUCUUGGCCUGCUCCAGCCACCUCCAGCACUGCAGAGCCACCAACUUGUACCUGGACUUAAGAAAUCCGAGAAGAUCACAAGACAGAUUUAAAGAAGACUUUAUACAAGAAGGUGAGAUCGGAGGCCAUUGUGAGCUCGACUCGCAGAAGCUGCUUUCUCAAGGUGAUCGCAAGAGCCCCCUCCAGUCUUGGUUUGCGGAGUUGCGGACGUACGGCUCCCUAACAUUCAGACCUAUAGAAGAUGGACACUGUGACGUCAUUGUUGAGAAGCCUACGUACAUCAUGAAGUUAGAUGCCGGUGUGAAUAUGUAUCAUCAUUUCUGUGAUUUUGUGAAUCUCUAUAUUACGCAACAUAUUAAUAACUCCUUCAACACAGAUGUCCAUAUUGUCAUGUGGGAUACAAGUUUCUACGGCUAUGGUGAUUUGUUUAGCGAGACGUGGAAGGCAUUCACAGACUACGAAGUUACCCACUUGAAAGCACACGACCAUAAGCGGGUCUGCUUCAGGGAUGCUGUGUUUGCUCUCCUGCCCAGAAUGAGAUACGGGUUAUUUUACAACACGCCGCUGAUCUCAAAUUGCCGCGGCACCGGAUUAUUCAGAGCGUUUUCACAACACGUGCUUUUCCGGCUGAAUAUUUCCCAAGAAAUUUUAAAGGAGGAGAAGAUUCGAGUCACCAUCCUUAUACGCAGCACUGAGUUUCGGAAAAUACUGAACUUGGACGAGCUGGUCCUCGCCUUGAAGGCCGUCCCGCUCUUCCAAGUCACCGUGGUGGAUUACAAAUAUAGAUCUCUUGGAUUCCUCGAACAGCUGAAAAUCACACAUAACUCUGACAUAUUUAUUGGCAUGCACGGGGCCGGACUGACGCAUUUACUCUUUUUACCGGACUGGGCAGUUAUAUUCGAACUGUAUAACUGUGAAGAUGAGAGGUGCUACUUAGACUUGGCCAGACUUCGAGGAGUUCACUACAUCACAUGGGAGAAAGCGGACAAGGUUUAUCCUCAGGACAAGGGACAUCACCCGACUUUGGGAGAACACCCGAAAUUUACCAAUUACGCCUUCGAUGUUGAGGAGUUUGUACGGCUGGUCAGCUCGGCAGCGGAGCACGUGUCUCGUCAUCCGGAGUGGCCGCUUCGAAGACGUCAUGACGAACUGUAAUCCGAAAAGAAAGGAUUUCACCAUAGAUUGUAAUCUUAUAUUUUAUAAUGUAAUAAGUUAUUUAUUUAUUAUAAAAAAAUAAUAAUGUUAGAUGUGGAAAUUGAUGAAUUUGAAUGCAGUAGAUACAGUUUAGAGUUUUAUUCCAUUCUACUUUGCUUAUUUACUUUUUUUUUAUAUUUUUCUUUCUUUGCUCCCCUCUCCUCCUGCACAUUUAUCCAGCUUAUUACAUCAGUAAAAAGUGAUCAUUUUAUUCCUGAAUUACAGAAUGACAACGAUCUCAUUGACAUCCAGCCGUCUGAUCCUUCCCUCCCGAAAUCUGCCAUUAGGGAAGAAUUUGUAAGGCCGCCAUACACAUUACAUGGUCAGCGGGUCCCUCUGUAAUCCCUGCGUUCAGCCGAUACGUACGUCUAAUGUGUAUGGCCAGCU